AUGGCUAAAAACUCUCCUUCUAUUUCUGGUGCUUCCGCCAGAGGAAUUGAAACCAGGUCAGCAAUUAUUAAAGAUAUUACUGACGGCCAGUGUUAUCAACAUAUUUUGAACGAAGAAAAUGAAACUUUCUUAACACUCAUCAUGAGUGGUGAUGGCAUUCAAGUAUCAAAUUCUUCAAACAAAUCCUUAUGGAUUUUUACAGUCAUAAUUAACGAAAUUAAAAGAAAACACCGAUUUCAUAUAAAAAAUUCAAUCAUAGCAGCGAUUUGGCCUGGAAAAAAGAAGCCAGAUAAAUAUCAAAUACGUGAAGUUAUCUCAAAGAUCUCUGAGGAGCUUAAACUUUUAGAAAAACCAACUGAAUACUCUCUAGCUUCACAAGGUGGUUCUUCUGUUCCCUUAUCAGUGUUUUUAAUUGGUUUAGCGUGCGAUAAACCUGCACAAAGUGACCUGGUGUUAUCUGGAGCGAAUGAUCAUCAUACUAUUCGAGUUUUUCCAUUACCAAGUGAAGGUGAAGUUCCACCGCGAUUAAGAUCAAAUGAAACGUAUGAUGACGCAAUGAUUAUAUUAGAAUCUCAACGAAAUAAAAUAGUGACGAAAACAACUGAAAUGAGAAAGAAGGAAUUUCUGGAGAGAAAGGGUCAUUUAGGACCGUGUUCAUUAAGAAAUUUAAAAUACAUUGACAUUGGGAAAUCGUUUUUAUUUGAUUCUUUACAUACUCUUUAUCAUGGAGUGUUGGAUCGCCUACUAACUCUAUGGUUUGACGUCGAUUAUAAGAAAGAAGACUGCUCAGUUCGUCAUCAUAUCGAUUCAACUGCUGAUCAGCUCUUAAAAAUACGUUAUCCUUCGACUACGACACGUGCUCCGAGAAGUCUCCUCGAAUACACAAGAUACAAAGGCAGUGAACAACGGUGUAUUCUUCUAUUUGGAUUUAUUAUUUUAAAAAGGUUUCUGAAGAAAGAAUAUUAUGAACACUUGCUCCUUCUUGUUGUUGCAUCGCAUCUGGCUGAAGGUCGUGAACUUCAUCAUUCACAAAUUCAAGAUAUUGAAUUAUUAAUAAAACAAUUUCUUGAUUUAUUUCCUUAUUUGUACUCAAAUCGUCAUAUUGUUCAGAACGUUCAUUCACUAUGUCAUUUACAACAGUCUCUUCAAGGCUUUGGUUCAUUAGCACUUUACUCCACGUUCAACUUCGAAAACGUUCUUGUGCCGUUCAAUAGUGUAAAAAAUUUAGGUGGCAUAUGUUACGCUGCCGAUUAUGUAAAUAGGACUGAUGAUUGUAAUCCAACCGCUUGUACGCCAUUUGCUACAGUAAAAGGUCGAUCAUGGGGUGAAGGUGGAUAUAUUCGAAUUUUACGAGGAAAAAAUAUGUGCAGCAUUGCUAGUUAUGAAGCGUGUGAAUAA